AUGUUUGUCUAUAAGAGAGAUGGACGCAAAGAGCGCGUCCAAUUUGACAAGAUCACAGCCCGUGUGUCGAGGCUGUGCUAUGGCCUCGAUCCGGAGCAUGUCGACGCUGCUGCCAUAACGCAGAAGGUCAUCUCGGGUGUCUACCAGGGUGUGACCACCGUCGAACUGGAUAACUUGGCUGCUGAAACUGCUGCAUACAUGACUGUCAAACACCCCGACUACGCAAUCCUCGCUGCCCGGAUAGCAGUGUCGAACCUCCACAAGCAGACCAAGAAGCAAUUCUCUGCCGUCAUUCAGGACCUUUAUCACUAUGUCAACCCGAAGAACAACCAACACUCUCCCAUGAUCUCCAAAGAGACCUAUGAAAUUGUUAUGAAACAUGCUGAUGAGCUGAAUUCUGCCAUCGUUUACGACCGCGACUUCAACUACAAUUACUUCGGUUUCAAGACCUUGGAACGCUCAUAUCUGCUUCGGAUAAACGGCAAGGUUGCUGAGCGCCCUCAGCACAUGAUCAUGCGUGUGGCUGUCGGAAUUCACGGUGAUGACAUCGAGAAAGUCCUUGAGACCUACAAUCUGAUGUCUCAGAAGUACUUCACACAUGCCUCUCCCACCCUGUUCAAUGCCGGCACUCCCCAGCCGCAGCUCGCCUCUUGCUUCCUUGUUGAUAUGAAGGAAGACAGCAUUGAAGGUAUCUACGACACUCUGAAGACUUGUGCUAUGAUUUCCAAGACUGCCGGUGGCAUUGGCCUCAAUGUGCACCGUAUCCGCGCCACUGGCUCCUACAUCGCAGGAACAAAUGGCACUUCAAAUGGUCUGGUUCCUAUGCUUCGAGUUUUCAACAACACUGCGAGAUACGUUGACCAAGGAGGCAACAAGCGACCGGGUGCCUUCGCCAUCUACCUUGAGCCUUGGCACGCCGAUAUCUUCGAGUUCUUGGAUCUUCGCAAGAACCACGGAAAAGAAGAAGUUAGAGCUCGUGAUCUGUUCUACGCUCUUUGGACUCCUGACCUUUUCAUGAGAAGGGUUGAAUCCAACGGAGACUGGACUCUUUUCUGCCCCAAUGAAGCGCCCGGCCUUGCGGACGUGUAUGGUGAGGAGUUUGAUGCCCUAUACGAGAGGUAUGAAAGGGAGGGCCGAGGCCGCAGAACCGUUAAGGCGCAGAAGCUUUGGUACGCGAUUCUCGAGGCCCAGACUGAGACCGGAAAUCCUUUCAUGCUUUACAAGGAUGCGUGCAACAAGAAGAGCAACCAGAAGAACCUGGGCACCAUUCGCAGCUCGAACCUCUGUACUGAGAUUAUCGAGUACUCUGCCCCCGAUGAAGUCGCUGUCUGCAACCUGGCCUCUCUCGCUCUGCCUACUUUCGUGGACGCGGCGCGUGGCGAAUAUGACUUUGGAAAGCUGCAUGAGGUUACCCAAGUCCUUGUCCGAAACCUCAACAAGAUUAUCGACAUCAAUUAUUAUCCUGUGCCGGAGGCCAGGAAGAGCAACCUGCGCCACCGUCCUAUCGCGGUUGGUGUCAACGGUCUGGCUGAUGCGUUCCUCGCACUGCGCCUCCCGUUUGAUUCUCCGGAAGCGAAGCAGCUGAACAUCCAGAUCUUCGAAACCAUCUAUCACGGCCCGUAUGAGACCUACGAGGGUUCUCCAGUCUCGCAGGGAAUCCUCCAAUAUGACAUGUGGGGCAGGACGCCGACGGACCUCUGGGACUGGAGUUCCCUCAAGGCCGAGAUUGCCAAGUACGGUGUCCGAAACAGCUUGCUUGUUGCUCCUAUGCCUACUGCAAGCACCAGUCAGAUUCUUGGCUUCAACGAGUGCUUCGAGCCGUACACCUCCAACAUCUACUCUCGUCGUGUGCUUGCUGGCGAGUUCCAGGUCGUCAACCCGUGGCUGUUGAAGGACCUUGUUGAUCUCGGCCUGUGGUCUGACAACAUGAAGAACCGCAUCAUCGCUGAAGGCGGCUCCAUCCAGAACAUUCCGAACAUCCCGGCUGACAUCAAGGCUCUCUACAAGACCGUGUGGGAGAUUUCUCAGCGGACUAUCUUGGAGAUGGCUGCCGACCGUGGUGCGUUCAUUGAUCAGUCUCAGUCUCUCAACAUCCACAUGAAAGAGCCUACCAUGGGCAAGAUCACCAGCAUGCACUUUGCUGGCUGGAAGAUGGGUCUGAAGACUGGCAUGUACUAUCUCCGUACUAUGGCUGCUUCCGCUCCAAUCCAAUUCACCGUGGACCAGGAGCAGCUCAAGGUUGCGGACACUAAUGUCGCGCGUACGAGCAAUCUUGCAGCAAAGAGACGACCUCUGGGCUCGGGGGCUUCUUACAACAGCUCGUACUCGGCGGUCCCUCGUCCGAUGUAUGAUCAGAAGCAGUCGAAUGCUCCUGUUCCUGCCGUUAACGGGACGGCUGACCCUUUCCGGCCCGUCUCAGCGACAACGACGAAAAGUUCGUCGCCCGACAGUCCUCGUGUGCUUGCCACCGAUCCCGGUACGAGCCCGCCCCGUGACGAGCAGUUGAAGGGCGGCCAGGAGGAGGAUGCAGAAGAGAACAGCGAGGAGCGGGAGCAUGACAUCUAUGCUCAGAAAGUCCUCCAGUGCAGCAUUGAGAACAAGGAGGCUUGCCUCAUGUGCAGUGGCUGA